AUGAAAGCAGGAAUCAAGAACCUUAACCUUGCAUGGCCAUUCUUUGUUCGAAAUCAUAAGCCAUUUCCCCCACAUUUUUCUAAGGCUGCAGCUCGUGCAUCAAGGCAAUCUGUCGGAUCCUUGUACUACCACGCAUUUUGCAAAAGGCUUGAGCCAGAUAUCCAUAAUACGCAUGGGGUCAGAUAUAAGUCAAACAAAGCUAGCCCCUUGUACACAACAGCAAUCACCAAACACCAAAUCAUUGAUACAUUUCUCCGUACCCCUCACAAUUACACGAUGGCGGCACGAAAACUUCAGCAAGAAGUCGACAAGUGCUUCAAGAAAGUCACUGAAGGAGUGGCAGAAUUCGAGUCGAUCUAUGAUAAGAUAGAACAGUGCACAAAUGCUGCGCAGAAGGAGAAGCUGGAGGACAACCUCAAAAGAGAGAUCAAAAGGUUGCAAAGACUCCGUGAUCAGAUAAAGACAUGGGCGGCAAGUAAUGACAUAAAGGAUAAGGGUCCUCUGUCAGAUCAUCGGAAAUUGAUUGAGACGCAAAUGGAGAAGUUUAAGGCAGUGGAAAAAGCUAUGAAGACGAAGGCAUAUUCGAAAGAAGGGCUGUCAGCAGCUGCAAAACUGGAUCCUAAGGAGCGCGCAAAGUUGGAGACCGGGGAAUUCCUGGGCAACAUGGUGGAGGAGCUUGAGCGCCAGAUCGAGACAAUGGAAGCCGAGCGCGAAUCAAUAUCAGCAACAAUGAAGAAAGGGAAAAGCCAAAAUGCCAAGGCCGAUAGGAUAGCAGAGCUGGAUAACCUGACCGAACGACAUAAAUUUCACCAAAAUAAGCUGGAGCUUAUUAAGCGCUGUCUGGAAAAUGGUAAUGUCGAAGUUGAACAAGUCAAAGAUCUUGAGGAGUCCAUCAAAUACUAUGUGAGCGACAACAUGAAUGAUGACUUCAUGGAGGACGAGGAAAUUUACGAUGAGCUCAACCUCGAUGAGGAAGAGGAUAACUAUGGCAUGAAUAAUGAUAAUGAUCGGGUAUCAUCGCAAGACACACAAUCGAUACAGGAGGAUAUUCCAGAUACAGAUCUACGAUCGAAUAGUUUACCUGGGAAAUCAAAGUCAGGUUCCGAACCACCUCUGGCUGCUGCACGAAGACCCUCUACACAACUAAAAAGCCCUCUCCCUGCAUUAGCCACAUUACAUACUCCCUUGUCGACCUUAUCAACAAAUGGAAGCUCAAGUAACCUCAUGAAACCUGCUGCGGUGCCUACACGUGCCCCUGGGGAGACUUUAAAAUACGCUUCGGCGGCGGCGGCGGCGGCUGCUAGUGAUAAGAACGGUAUUGCUCCAUUACCACCUCCACCUGAAGCCCUUCCAGCCCCCACAACCUCAGCCAGCCACCCACCGUUAUCUGGAAAUGCCGGGCGAAGACCGAGUGUAACGGCAUCUCCCACGACUAUACAUUCCCAAGCUGCAAGUGUCAAUCAAACACCUGUGACAAGAUCCAGUGUUCCAACCACUGAUACGCCAUCAAGUGCCCAGACGAAAUCCCCGGCUCUGAGUCAAUCAAGUACUGCACCUAGUGGAGCAAGUGUGUCCCAAUCAAUUGAGAAGCUAGAGAAUUCGAGGCCAAACCUUUCUCAGGCUUCAUCAGGGAAGGCACCGACCGUGUCUAAGAUAGCAGAAGGCAAAAAAGGUUCGUCAAUUGCUAUAUCAUGCAACUGCAAUGCUAACAGUUCUACGCAAGCUAUUCCACCACAAUCAAAUGGUAUCUCGAAUGGUCUUAAGUCAAGUACCCCAGAGACCACAGAAUCGGUAUAUCAUCUGCCGUCGGGAUUCCAGGACAUGCUUCAGUCUUUCGAAGUAAUUCAAAAGAGUGCUCCAGAUGCUUUGUCCACGGCAUCGCAGAGAAUGCUGGCAUCAUCUCAGGCUAGUGGUCCAGGCAUGUCAGAUAUAUCACCCCCUAGAAGCUACAAACCAGAGGCCCCUUUCAACACGCCAUCAUAUUACCCUCAAGAUGUUCCCUCGGUGCUUGAUGACCCUCGUCUUUAUAGUCGUAUAGAUGGAGAGACUCUGUUCUAUGUCUUCUACUACAAGCAAGCCACAUAUCAACAAUAUCUUGCAGCUAGAUCGUUAAAGGAACAAAGUUGGCGAUUUCAUAAGCAAUAUCAAACUUGGUUUCAACGACACGAGGAACCAAAGGAAAUUACGGAGCUGUAUGAGCAAGGGACCUAUCGUUUCUUUGAUUAUGAAAGCACAUGGAUGAACCGAAGAAAGGCAGACUUUAAGUUUAGUUACAAAUUCCUAGAGGACGAUGUAUAA